UGAUAGUCUGUGACCGCGUCUGCCUACGAACAGAAUUACCUAGUAUGAUCAUUGAAUGGUCCCUCAAUGUUAUAAAUAAUACUUUAUAUGACUACAAUGCAUUGAACUAACUCCUUAAGACACAAUCACCAUGGCGGAAAAGGAGGCAACGGUCUACAUCAUUGAUGUGGGGAGCUCGAUGGGAGAGAUUCAUCAUGACCGAACCCAAUCCGACCUCGACUGGGCGAUGCAAUAUGUCUGGGACAAGAUCACUGCAGCUGUCGCAACAGACCGCAAAACCCUCUUCAUGGGUGUCAUUGGUUUACGCACCGAUGGCACCGAUCAUCUGGACAAUCUGUCUGCCGAUGAUGGAUAUCAAAACAUCACGAUCUUCCAACCCCUAACCCAGACAAAGAUGCCGGAGAUCCGCAAGUUGACCGAAGAUCUGCACCCCUCGCGCACCAACGAAGGGGAUGCGAUAUCCGCCAUCGUCAUUGCGAUCGAGAUGAUCACCGCCCAUUGCAAGCGGCUCAAGUACAAGCGAAACAUCACCCUCGUCACGAACGGGACGUCGGGCGUCUAUGCAGAUGACCUGGAUGAGAUUGCGAACAAGUUAAAGGAUGACGGGAUCGAGCUCGUGGUGCUCGGAGUCGAUUUCGACGACCCGGAGUAUGGCUUCAAAGAUGAGGGGAAGAAAGGGGAAAAGGCAAAGGUCGAACAGUCGCUCCGAAGUCUAUGCGAUGCCUGCGAUGGAGUCUACGGAACCAUGGCGCAGGCCAUCUCGGAAAUGGCGGUUCCACGCGUGAAAUCGGUUCGGCCUGUCCCAUCCUUCAAAGGCUGGCUCACGCUGGGCGACCCCGAUAAAUACGAUUCGGCGAUGGUCAUAGACGUGGAACGCUAUCCACGAGUGAUGGUAGCUCCGGCGCCUCGCGCUAGUCAACACGUCAUCAAGACCGGUAUAGAUCUAGAUGCCACGCAGACGGGAGAGUCGGCCACGCUAGAGGGUGAGGGGACGGGUAGCCUAGGAGAGGGUAUCUCGGCGAUCAAGCAAGCGCGAUCAUACCAAGUUGAAGACAAUGAGGCCCCUGGAGGUAAACGAGACGUUGACAAAGAUGAUCUGGCGAAGGGAUACGAAUAUGGUAGGACCGCCGUUCACAUUGACGAGUCCGAUAUGAACAUUGUCAAGCUGGAAACGAAGGCACGGCUAGAUGUCAUCGGUUUCGUUGCCCAAGAACAGUUCGAGCGUCACCUAGGAAUGUCCAGGUCCAAUGUCAUCAUCGCCACGAGAAUCUCGGAGAAAGCAGCCAUGGCCAUUUCUGCGUUCAUUCAUGCGCUAUUCGAAACAAGCAGCUAUGCUAUCGCCCGUCUUGUUCCGAAAGACGGCAAAGAUCCGCACCUCGUGGCUCUUGCGCCGUCGAUUGAAUCGGAUUAUGAAUGUCUCCUCGAGGUGGAGCUUCCCUUCAAUGAAGAUAUUCGGACAUAUCGGUUCCCUCCUCUCGAUAAGAUCGUCACGGUAUCGGGGAAGAAUGUCGUGCAGCAUCGAUAUCUCCCUAAUGACGAACUGAUGAAGUCCAUGAGUGAUUACGUCGAUGCCAUGGAUCUGUCGACACUUGCCUCAAAAACAGAAGAUGGCGAACAAGAGUACGCGGCAUUAGAGGAUACGUACUCGCCAAUGAUCCACCGCAUCAAACAAUUGAUCGCCUGGAGAGCCGUUCAUGAUUCAGAACCGGCGCCUCCGCUACCCGAGAAUUUAAUACGAUACUCUGCCCCUCCAAAAGAGCUUGUGAAGGCUGUGGAACGGAAGCUUGAGGACCUCGUGGUGGCUGCAAGCGUCAAGAAAGUCCCCCCGAAAUCCAAAGCCCGCAAACGCGCCAGGUCACCCGAAAAACCCCUCUCCGGCCUUGACGUCUCGUCCCUCCUCUCAACCACCCACCCACCCCGGAAGAUCAGCCGCGAGAACGCGAUCCCAGAAUUCAAGCAACUCCUCCGAACCGCCGGCGGCGCGGCGGACAUCCACUCCGCGUGCCAGCAGCUCGGGCUGGUCAUCGCCAGCUACGUCAAGCACAGCCUCGGCAAUGCGGGCUACGAGCGGGCGAUCGAGGCGCUGCGCGUGUGCCGCGAGGAGGCGAUCGAGUUGGAGGAGCCGGGCGCGUACAACGCGAUGCUGCUGGAGCUGAAGCGGAAGUUGUUGGAUGGCGAGUUGGGCGAGGAGCGGAGGGAGUGGUGGUGGAGAGUGCGUAUGAAUCCGGUGGGGGUGAUUGAUAAGAAAGUGAGCGAGUUUUCGGAGGUAGAGGUGGAGGAGGGGAGAAAGUUGAUGACACUUUCGGGGCCUUGAUGCCUCUCGGCCCGAUUACGAUGAUCUUAAUCUUCUAGUGGAACGCCAGGCAUGGUAUCGCUGCAAUGGAAGCACGCUGCAAUGGAAGUAUAAGGGCUCUCCUUGCCACACACAUAUCUGUGGAUUGUUGGUUUAAUGUUGGAGCUGCCCACUAAUGCAGUGAAAUUCGACUUAGGAUAAAUCCGCCCUGAUCGGGUGAUGUCCUCAUUCAAGUAGCUGAGAUCAUUCCCAUUCAAUGGACUUGGUCAGUCAGGGCAUAGGGUCAAUCCUUCUAGGGACAGGGGGAUAUCCGCUCAGUAUUGUCGAAUGAAACCACAACAUGUGCACCAGACUCAGCAAUAGUAAGGACUGACUGGCAUGCAACGCCUAAUAAACUCCAAAGAACCACGCUUCCAAACAAAUUACUCGCAAUCCCUACCGCCCAUCCGGCACACAAAUCGCCUUCC